AGCGUUUGUGUUUCUGUCCACAAACAUCUCCCCACUCGUUUUCUCAUAUAUGAGCGAACGCAUUUCGAGGCGGUGCUUGUUGGCCACAGAACAGCGUCGUAACGACCCCUUUUUUUCCAAUCCCAGUAAAAAGAGUUCGAGCAGGAACAGAGUUGUAGCUGGCCUCCCACUGCAUUUGGGGGCUGUUGCUUUUCUGCCUAUUUUUUACUAUUUUAUUAUUAUUAUUUUUAAAUUUUCUUGUUAUAUUUCUAUUCUAUUUUUAAUACACCACCCGCGCCUUUGUUUCCUUGCAAGGAUUUUCUUAGAUCAUGAACAAACUAUAUGUGGGGAAUUUGAGUCCUUCGGUCACCGUCGAGGACUUGAAGCAGCUCUUCGGCGAGAGGAAGCUUCCAGUGGCCGAGGAGGUCCUGCUGAAAUCCGGCUAUGCUUUUGUGGAUUUCCCUGACCAAAACUGGGCUAUUAAAGCUAUUGAGACUCUUUCUGGGAAAGUUGAGUUACACGGGAAGGUCAUAGAGGUGGACUACUCUGUUCCCAAAAAAUUAAGGAGUCGGAAGUUACAGAUCCGGAACAUUCCUCCUGAUCUGCAGUGGGAGGUGCUGGACGGCCUUUUAGUCCAGUAUGGUACGGUGGAAAAUGUGGAACAGGUGAACACCGACACAGACACGGCAGUGGUGAAUGUUACAUACUCUACGAAGGAGGAAGCUAAAGUAGCCGUGGAGAAGUUGGCAGGACACCGGUGUGACGACUACGCUUUCGGAGUCUCCUACAUCUCAGACAUGGAUGCGGCCGGCCCUCAGACAGCACGCAGUAAACGUGGCCCGCGGGGAUCCCGGGGGCAGGACACGGAGGCUGGCCACUCAACAGGACUUGCGGGACCCUCGGCCAGCCGGAGCAAGACUAUGGACUUGCCCCUGCGCAUGCUGGUGCCCACCCAGUUCGUAGGAGCCAUCAUCGGCAAGGAGGGACUCACCAUAAAAAACGUCACCAAGCUGACCCAGUCAAAGGUGGAUGUCCAUCGUAAGGAGAACGCAGGAGCGGCAGAGAAGUCCAUCAGCAUCCACUCGACAUCGGAGGGCUGUUCUGCCGCCUGCCGCAUGAUCCUAGACAUCAUGCAGAAAGAGGCCAGUGACACUAAGGUUUGCUGGCCCGAGUGGCUGACGUGUGGGUGUGUGGUGGGCGUAUGUUUGUGUGUGUGUGUGUGUGUGUGUGUGUGUUCCUGCAGCACUGAGGAGAUCCCACUGAAGAUUCUUGCCCACAACAACCUCAUUGGGAGACUCAUUGGAAAAGAAGGCAGGAACCUGAAGCGUAUUGAAGAAGAAUCUGGGACCAAAAUCACCAUCUCAUCGUUACAGGACCUGACGAUCUAUAACCCAGAGAGGACCAUUACGGUGCAGGGAGGUUUAGAUGCCUGUUGUAAGGCUGAAGUGGAGAUUAUGAGAAAGUUGAGGGAGGCAUACGAGAAUGAUCUUGCUACCAUCAAUCAGACCAGUCUGAUCCCUGGACUGAACCUCAGUGCUCUGGGCAUCUUCUCUCCAGGGCUCCCCAUGCUGAGGUCAGCCUCUGGCACCCAGGGGGCCCCCAAAGCCCCGGCCCCAUCCUAUAGCCCCCUCCUGAGUCACUCCUCCCACCUGGGGGCGCUCUAUGGUGUAACGCCAGCUGCUCCUCUCAGUCAGCCUCUCCCAGCUGCUGACCCAGAGGUGGUGUAUCUCUUCAUCCCCACCCAGGCUGUGGGUGCGCUGAUCGGGAAAAAGGGUCAACAUAUCAAACAGCUGGCACAGUUUUCUGGGGCUUCUAUUAAGAUAGCAACUGCAGAGAGUCCUGAUGUUACAGAGAGAAUGGUCAUCAUCACUGGACCACCUGAAGCUCAGUUUAAGGCCCAGGGGAGGAUAUUCGGCAAGCUGAAGGAGGAGAACUUCUUCUCAGCGAAGGAGGAAGUGAAACUGGAGACUCACAUCAAAGUGCCCUCAUCAGCUGCAGGCCGGGUCAUUGGGAAAGGCGGGAAAACAGUUAAUGAGCUGCAGAAUCUGACCAGUGCUGAGGUCAUAGUGCCUCGGGACCAGAGCCCAGAUGAGAAUGAUGAGGUCUUUGUCAAAAUCACUGGACAUUUCUUUGCCAGUCAGACUGCACAGAGGAAGAUCAGGGAGAUCGUUCAUCAGGCCAAGCAGCAGGAGCAGAAGCAGCAGCAGGGUGGCGCUCUCAGGUCGCACCACUCUAAGUGACCACCAGCGGGCACCAGCCGAUGAAUGUAGCCCUCCCAACUGGAUACAGCGCAGAGUGGCAGAGGGGUCCAACCAGACAGAGGAACAGCUGCAGGAACAAACCAAAGACCUUCAUAGUUGGGGGACAUCAGACCAGACUACCAGACUAGCCAUUGGCAGAGACUCUGCAUGCACCGCCAGCCUUGGGGGGGGGGGGGGGGGAUGGUAGUAGGAGAGGGUAGCUGGGGAGUCAUUGUGGAGAAAACUGAGUCUGAUCUUUGCAUUUAAAAAAAAAAAAAAAGGAGGUGUGGUUGAGAGGAGGCCUCUGUUGUAGGAAGAUAACCCUAAUUUAGACUCUGCAUGUUCUCUAUAUAGCUGGAUUGAUGUAGGUGGAAAAGACUGAGUGAACACUGCAUUAACAUGUCAACACCCAUGCAUUCUGACUGUAGGUCUUUGUUGUUAUUGUAUUAGGUUAAGGGCAGAUAUACAGAAAUAGGAACAGGUUUUGCACUCUAGUUUUGUUGAUACAGAUCUACAACAGUAUUCACAUUAGAGAAAAGAUACUGUUAUACACAAAGAAGUCAAAAUAAUUCAUAUUUGCAUAUGUUCAUUUACGUGACGCUUUUAUCCAAAGCGACUUACAAUUAUGACUGAAUACAACUUGAGUAAUUGAGAGGUGAUAGUCUUGCUUGGGGGCCCAACAAUGGAAAUUGGCAGUGGUGGGACUUGAACUGGCAACCUUCUUAGUCGAGUGCCUUAACCACUGACACACCUCUGCCCCUGAGCAGGUGUGUAUCUUUGUGUACACAUAGGGCUGUGUAUAACAGUAUAUAUGUUUUAUAUAUUAAUGAGACAGAGGAGCAGAACGUUUGAGAACAUGCUGGAGUUUAAACAGUCCAAUACUGAAGGUUGCUUACUUUUGGGGAUACAGCAUUUCAGCAUCAGACAUAUAACAACACCACCCGCUGGACACCGCCUGCUGGACACCACCCGCUGGACACCGCCCACUGGACUCUGCCCACUGAAUACCACCCGCUGGACACCGCCCGCUGGACUCUGCCCACUGAAUACCACCCACUGGACACCGCCUGCUGGACUCCGCCCGCUGGACUCUGCCCACUGAACACCACCCGCUGGACACCACCCGCUGAAUGUUCUUUAUUAGUCUGUGUAUAUCAACAGAAACAAGAAAAUUCAUUUGAAAGAUUUCAUACUCUUUAUAUCUGCACUCUUUGGUUUGUAUCUUAGUGUUUAUCUGUGAGGAGGAGAACAUUUAUUCUUUAUUUCUGUCCAAGCCAGUGAAAGCUCUCUGUUGUGGUACGUCCAGUAGUUGGCUGCUCUGAGCUGCAGAGUUUGGUUUGCUGAGAUGCAGGUUGCUGUAAUCACCACGUUUUAGGUGCUGGGAGGAGACUGGUCAGUGUCUGCAGGACGAUGGAUGAGACAGUUACCCGUUCUCUUCUUUGACCUGUGUGAGGAAACACAGCUGCAGCACAGUGAUCAGAAGCUCUCGUUUCUGCGGAAGUUUGGCUUCAGUCAGGGAGCUUUUCUACAUGGCAGGACAGCUGUGAAUGUACCACGUGCAGUCUUUCAACCUCACCACCAGGAGGUGCAGUUGAGGUUCCUUAACUUCUUUUGACCCUGGAAGCUUGUGGCCUUAUACGUGAACUCAUAAUAUCAUUAUAAUUCAUCACACAGCAUUUUGUCUGCCUCCUUCACAUAGCACAGUCAUACCAAUAUUCUACCUAGCUUACUCCGUGUGUGUGUGUGUGUGUGUGUGUGUGUGUGUGUGUGUGUGUGUGCACGCCCAAGUGUGUAAGAGUGCCUGUAGAUAUAUAAAGAGCUAUAUUUAUGAAUCUAUUUUUUCCUAUUUUGUGAUGAGAACUAUUGAUAAGUAUGAAAAAUGAAAAACAAAGGGUUUUUUUUGCUGUUUUUUCGGUGGGAAACAGACUUCUCUUAGGCCGACAGUGAGGCCAGUGUGUGAGACACCGGUCCCUGAAGGCAGACGGUGAUCAGUGCGCAUGUUAGUGUUGUGGUCUACCUCAGCGUACUGCACACGCCCGGUUCCCACCUCUCCACCUUUUAUACGCCUUGUGAACUAACGGUUUUGAGUGUUUGAAUUUUUUUCACUUUAAUAAUAAUAAAAAAGAUCAAAGCAA